UGAUAAGUCAUGUGACGUAUGUUUUUGUAACGCCUCAGGCUGACAUCGCCCUUCGAAAAGUUGAAGCUCCAAACCGCGAUCGACUAGCAUAUCAUCCCAGUCUUCCACGAUCUGAACUAUGAAAAGAAACUAAGAAAUAUCUUCAAAACGUGUCAAUUACGUCAAUAACAACAAGUAUCAAAGUUUACAGCAUAAAUUGCAUUGUCCACCGAAGUUACAGCCAUCAUGGUCCAAAUCACUGAAGUGAAAGGCAACAGCCGCGAAAACCGCAUUUCAACACAUACCCAUAUCAAAGGCCUUGGUCUUCGGCCUGAUGGCAUAGCUGAGAAGCAAUCUGGCGGAUUUGUUGGGCAAGUUGCUGCAAGAGAAGCAUGUGGUGUAGUUGUCGACCUCAUUCGAGCACAAAAGAUGUCGGGCCGCGCCGUGCUGUUGGCAGGGGGCCCUGGUACCGGGAAGACGGCGCUCGCGCUGGCCCUCAGCCACGAGCUGGGAACCAAGGUUCCAUUCUGCCCCAUUGUUGGCAGCGAGAUCUAUUCGACUGAAGUAAAGAAGACCGAGGCGUUGAUGGAGAACUUCCGGAGGGCGAUUGGUCUGCGUGUGCGGGAGACAAAGGAGGUUUAUGAGGGCGAGGUUACAGAGCUCACUCCAGAAGAGACCGAGAAUCCUCUGGGCGGUUACGGCAAGACGAUCAGUACGCUACUGAUCGGGCUGAAGAGCGCCAAGGGCUCGAAGAAACUGCGUCUGGAUCCCAGCAUUUACGAGGCUAUACAAAAGGAGAGAGUGACUGUGGGCGAUGUCAUCUAUAUCGAGGCCAACACCGGAGCUUGCAAGCGUGUUGGACGAUCCGAUGCCUUUGCUACAGAGUUCGAUCUAGAAGCGGAAGAAUACGUGCCGAUACCCAAGGGAGAUGUACACAAGAAGAAGGAAAUCGUCCAAGACGUGACAUUACACGACCUGGAUAUCGCGAACGCACGCCCUCAAGGUGGUCAGGAUAUUAUGAGCAUGAUGGGACAGCUGAUGAAGCCAAAGAUGACCGAAAUCACCGACAAAUUGCGCGAGGAGAUCAACAAGGUGGUUAGCAAGUAUAUCGACCAAGGUGUUGCCGAACUGGUUCCCGGAGUGCUCUUUAUCGACGAGGUUCACAUGCUCGACAUUGAGUGCUUCACGUAUCUGAACCGCGCGUUGGAGUCUCGCAUCUCUCCCGUUGUCAUCUUGGCAUCCAAUCGCGGGAUGUGCACGAUCCGUGGUACGGAAGACAUUGUGGCUGCACACGGCAUCCCGCCGGAUCUGCUUGCGCGCCUUCUCAUCGUUCCGACUCACGCCUAUGAUGCGGAAGAGGUUAAGAGGAUUGUCAAGAUUCGGGUCGCGACUGAAGGCCUUGCAAUCGCAGAGCCUGCGUUGGAUAAGGUGGCCGAAGCGGGUACAAACAUCAGUUUGAGAUAUGCGCUGCAACUGCUGGCUCCAGCUUCGAUUGUUGCCAGAUGCAGAGGGGCACAGGAAAUUGGAGUCCAGGAUAUUUCAGAGUGCCAGGACCUAUUCUUAGAUGCCGGCAGGAGCGCGGCGGCUAUGGUUGGGGAUGGGAGCGGGUUCCUGGUUUGAUUUCGAAAUUUGGGGCGGAAAGGAGUCUCGGAAAGGAAAACGGCGUUCAGAUGAGUGAUACGAAGAAGCUGUGUCUGUAUACUAGGCGGGGGGUGCAGAUUUUAACGGAGU